AUGGCCACUACUACUGUUGAUAACUCUUAUAAACAAACUCCUUUCUUAAAAUGGAAACUAUUUCCCGACUUUGAAUAUUUAAUUACCCAAACAUCACCUGCCAUUGCCGUUCCUGCAUUUGAAAAGUUGAUUGCAGCUGCAAGAGAGCAAUUCCUAGAGAUUGAAAAAGGGUUUGAACCUACCUGGGAAGGCACGAUUGGACGUUUGACCGAGCUUGAAGAUGAGAUUUCGAGAGCAUAUGGUAUUUUGUCUCACCUCAAUGGUGUUAAAAAUUCACCAGAGGUUCGCUCAACACUUGAGAAAAUUCAACCAGAGUUUAUUAAACUUUCUUUAAUGAUGAAUCAAUCGAUACCCAAGUACAAAGCACUUGAAGCACUUCGUCAUACAUCAGGGGAAUGGCAAAAGUUAGAUAAGGUGCAACAACGCAUUGUGGAUCAUGCUCUUCGAGAUAUGAAACAUGCUGGUGUUGGAUUUGCGGAGGGAUCAGUAGAGAAGAAGCGUUUUAAUGAAAUCUCAGAACGAUUGUCACAAUUAUCAUUAGCCUUUGGUAAUAAUGUAUUAGAUGCAACCAAAGAGUUUAAACACGUUGUGAUGGAGGCUGAGCAACUGAAUGGGUGCUCACCCAUGUUUUUGGAGAUCUUGAAACGAAAUGCAGAGCGUCAUGGUGUAAAAGAUGGAUACUGCAUUACACUUGAUUUUCCUAUUUAUGGUCCUUUCAUGAUGAACUGUAAUAAUAGAGAAUUACGUGAAAAGAUUUAUAAAGCGAAUAUCACUAAAGCAUCAAAGGGAACUCUUAAUAACGAACCCAUCAUCAAUGAAAUUUUGACAUUGAAAAGAGAAAAAGCCAGAUUGCUUGGUUAUGAGACACCUGCUGACUUAUCUCUUUCAGUCAAGAUGGCACAAACACUUUCUGCUGCAGAAUCAUUAUUAGACAGUCUGUUUGAGGCAUCUGUGAAUCAUGCUAAAACUGAGUUUGAUGAGUUGACGCAAUUUGCCAAAGAUAAACUUCAUCAUCCUAUACCUUUGCAGCCCUGGGAUGUAAGCUAUGUAACAGAGCAAUAUCGAAAGAACUUAUUCAAGUACGAUGAAGAAACCAUAUCGGAAUAUUUUGCUUUCCCAAAGGUUCUUGAUGGAUUAUUCGCUGUUGCUAAUGAAGUACUUGGUAUUCAGGUACGUGAAUUAGAUGACUCCGACAUGAAACAAAAGGGAAUCACACGUUGGCAUGAGGAUGUGAAGGUGUUUGAAGUAAUAGAGCAAGGAGAAGUGAAGGCCUACUUUUAUGGUGACUUUUAUUCAAGACCCUCUGAAAAGCGUAGUGGAGCUUGGAUGGAUGUCGUGACUACUCGAUUUAAGCAUGCAGUAGAUGGUCAAGUUACUUUACCUGUCGCUUACCUUAUCUGUAAUCAACCACCACCUCAGUCAGCAGAUCAACCUUCUCUUAUGAAGUUUCGAGAUGUGGAAACUCUUUUCCAUGAGUUUGGCCAUUGCCUUCAACAUAUGCUGACACGUGUUGAUUAUGCACCCGCAUCAGGUAUCAAUGGUAUUGAAUGGGAUUUUGUUGAAGUUGCGUCUCAAUUUAUGGAAAACUUUUGUAAUGAACCUGACUGGAUUCAUCGUCUUUCAGGGCAUUACAAGACAGGAGCAUCCAUGCCUAAGGAUAUGAUUAAUGCUCUAGUAAAAAAUCGUAAAUUCAUGAGCGGAUUAGCCACCUUGAGACAAUUACAUUUUGCUAAAAUAGAUUUAGCAUUACAUUCUCGCUUUAAGCCACCUACAUCACCCAAUGAUCCAACAGUAUUUGAUCAAGAUGCUGAAAUCGCUAAACAGACUGUCCUUACACCACGUUUGCCUGAAGAUAAAUUUCUUUGUAGUUUUAGUCAUAUCUUUGGAGGUGGAUAUAGCGCAGGCUAUUAUAGUUAUAAAUGGUCAGAGACAUAUUCUGCAGAUGCUUAUGCAGCAUUUGAAGAAGCAAAAAUGAAGGAUGGACAAGAAGGUAUUAAAUCCAUAGGUAAACAUUACCGAGAUACCAUUUUGGCUUUAGGAGGUGGUACUGCACCUAAUGAAGUAUGGGAGAAGUUCAGAGGUCGACCUAAUGUAGAUAUAACCCCUUUACUUCGUCAUUCAGGCUUAACAAAUUAG